AUAAAUCUACCAGUCUGUGGUAUUUGGUUAUAGCAGCAGAAAAUUGACCAAGACAACCCCUUACCAUAAACCUGUGUAGCAAAUGCAACAACAAAACCCCACCCCGGCGCUUCUCGGGAUCCUCACUCCAGCCCCGCCUCCGUCCAGCCUGGCUCCGCCCCGCCCCAGUAGUGCCGCGCCUUGGCAGCCUGCGGUUAACUUGGUCCGGAAGAAGCGAGGCGGACCUUCCGGCGUUUGAAAAACUUCCGGCGGGAACCGGAAGGUGCGGUGGCACACACGGAAUCCCGGGUCUUCUGACGUGCCGGGCGGGAAGAUGUCAUCAUUGCCAAGAAGAGCAAAAGUACAGGUCCAGGGUGUGCUACCGAAAGAUGAAUUUUCUUCAUUCUCUGAGUUAUCAUCUGCCUCUGAAGAAGAUGACAAGGAAGAUAGUGCCUGGGAGCCCCAAAAGAAAGUUCCCAGAAGCCGUAAGCAGCCCCCUCCCAAGGAAUCCAAACCAAAGAGGAUGCCUCGGGUGAAGAAGAAUACCCCACAGAUCAGUGAUGACUCAGAAGUCGUUGUUAAGGAGGAGCUGAAUAGCUCUGUGGCUAUUGCUGACACUGCUUUGGAAGACAGAAAAAAUAAACUGGAUACCGUACAGACUCUGAAAACAGCCAAGACAAAACGAAAAUGUUCAGCUCAGCCACAUGCAGCUCAAAGGACCAAAAAACUGAAAGUUGAUGAAGAAACCAGCAAAGCCAGCAACUUAGAGGGUGAGAGUAAUAGUUCAGAGACACCAUCCACAAGCGCUAUGUGGGGAGGCACAUGCAAGAAGGAAGAGAAUGAAGAUGACUUUACAUUUGGUCAGUCCCCUUUAAAGAAAAUGAAGACUGAAACAUGUCCUCAGGGGCAGCCUGUCAAGUUUCCAGCAAAUGCCAAUAAUAUUAAAGAGGAGGUGGAAAUGAAUUGGGACAUAGUACAGGUUUUAUCUGAAAGAACUAAUGUUGAACCUUGGGUCUGUGCCAACACCAUUCGUCUAUUUAAUGAUGAUAACACAAUUCCCUUCAUUAUACGUUAUCGAAAAGAGCUCAUUAAUAACCUUGAUGCUGAUUCCUUGAGAGAAGUUCAACAAACCCUAGAAGAGCUACGGGCUGUUGCAAAGAAAGUUCAUAGUACAAUCCAGAAAAUUAAGAAGGAGGGGAAGAUGUCUGAGUGCUUGUUAAAAGCCAUGCUGAAUUGUAAAACUUUUGAAGAACUAGAACACGUGUCUGCUCCAUAUAAAACUGGGAGCAAAGGGACUAAAGCCCAGAGAGCAAGACAGCUGGGCUUAGAAGGAGCAGCCAGGGCACUGCUUGAGAAACCAGGGGAGCUCAGUCUGCUAUCAUAUAUUAGGCCUGACGUUAAAGGGCUUUCAACGCUUCAGGAUAUUGAAAUAGGAGUGCAGCAUAUUUUAGCAGACAUGAUUGCUAAAGACAAAGACACGCUUGACUUCAUUCGGAACUUGUGCCAGAACAGACACGUUUGUAUCCAGUCAUCUCUGGCAAAAGUGUCCUCAAAAAAGGUAAAUGAGAAAGAUGUUGAUAAGUUUCUGCUCUACCAGCAUUUUUCGUGCAACAUAAGAAGCAUUCACCAUCAUCAGAUUCUGGCAAUUAACCGUGGAGAAAAUUUGAAGGUACUGACGGUUAAGGUCAAUAUUUCUGAUGGAGUGAAGGAUGAAUUCUGUAGGUGGUGCAUCCAAAACAGGUGGAGACCACGUGGCUUUGCAAGGCCAGAGUUAAUGAAGAUCUUACGUGAUUCACUGAAUGAUUCCUUUAAACGCCUUAUUUAUCCUCUUCUCUGUAGAGAAUUCAGAGCCAAACUAACAUCAGAUGCAGAGAAGGAAUCAGUAAUGAUGUUUGGACGGAACCUUCGUCAGCUCCUUUUAACAAGCCCUGUUCCAGGGCGCACCUUAAUGGGAGUGGAUCCUGGUUAUAAACAUGGUUGCAAAUUAGCUAUAAUUUCUCCUACCAGUCAGAUACUUCACACUGAUGUGGUUUACUUGCAUUGUGGACAAGGCUUCCGAGAGGCAGAGAAAAUAAAGAGGCUUUUGCUGAAUUUCAACUGCAGCACAGUGGUGAUUGGAAAUGGAACUGCCUGCCGAGAAACAGAAGCUUACUUUGCUGACCUGAUAAUGAAGAAUUAUUUUGCACCACUGGAUGUUGUUUACUGUAUCGUCAGUGAAGCAGGAGCAUCAAUCUACAGUGUCAGCCCUGAAGCUAACAAAGAGAUGCCAGGACUGGACCCUAAUUUGAGAAGUGCAGUUUCCAUAGCAAGGCGUGUACAAGAUCCAUUAGCUGAGCUAGUGAAAAUUGAGCCGAAGCACAUUGGAGUUGGAAUGUAUCAGCAUGAUGUAUCCCAGACUUUACUCAAGGCAACACUGGACAGUGUUGUAGAAGAAUGUGUCAGCUUUGUGGGAGUGGACAUUAACAUCUGUUCAGAAGUUUUGUUAAGGCAUAUUGCAGGACUCAAUGCCAACAGAGCCAAAAAUAUUAUUGAAUGGCGCGAGAAAAAUGGACCCUUUAUCAACCGAGAACAGCUGAAGAAAGUGAAAGGACUGGGUCCAAAAUCCUUCCAACAGUGUGCUGGCUUCAUCAGAAUCAACCAGGAUUAUAUCCGAACAUUUUGCAGUCAGCAAACUGAAUCUUCAGGCCAAAUUCGAGGAGUUGCUGUUACAUCUUCAGCAGACAUUGAGGUCACAAAUGAGAAGCAGGGCAAAAAGAAGAGCAAAACUGCAGUGAAUGUUUUACUGAAGCCAAAUCCUUUGGACCAAACUUGUAUUCAUCCAGAAUCAUAUGACAUAGCAAUGAGGUUUUUGUCGUCCAUUGGAGGGACACUGUAUGAGAUUGGAAAGCCUGAAAUGCAACAAAAAAUAAAUUCAUUCCUUGAAAAGGAAGGAAUGGAGAAAAUCGCAGAAAGAUUGCAAACAACAAUACACACUUUACAGGUCAUCAUAGAUGGUCUCAGCCAGCCUGAAAGCUUUGACUUUCGAACAGAUUUUGAUAAACCUGAUUUCAAGAGAAGCAUAGUAUGCCUGGAAGAUCUGCAGGUUGGGACAGUUCUUACAGGCAAAGUGGAGAAUGCCACUCUCUUUGGAAUUUUUGUGGAUAUAGGAGUAGGGAAAUCUGGACUGAUUCCUAUACGAAAUGUAACAGAAGCAAAACUUUCAAAAACAAAGAAGAGAAGGAGCCUUGGACUGGGCCCUGGAGAAAGGGUGGAAGUCCAAGUACUCAACAUUGACAUCCCCCGAUCUAGGAUUACUCUGGACCUCAUUCGGGUGUUAUGAGUGUCCAACUGAAGGCCAAACACUGAUUUUAUUUUCUCAUUUCUACAGAUUGACAAGAAUAAGUCAGUUGCUUGUAAACUUUAGGUAGCAAAUGAGAAAUAAUUCACUUAAUAUCAGAAAUAUUUUCCGAACACUUUCCUUUAUUUUUUCUUCUGAAUUAAUAGAAAACCAACAGUUUGAUUUCCUUUCCCCUUAAAGGAAACAACUAAAAUACACAUUCUUAUAUGGCUUUAUGUAGUAAUAGUUUUCUGGCUAAAAUUUUGGUUUUUAUUUUUUUGUAAUUUACCUUUAACUCCUUUUGCAUUUUGUGUAACAGAUUGCUUAACUUCUGCUUGCCAACAUCUGCCUUGCUGGACUGGUAUGGGAUUGUCUUCUUGAUUUGACUUGUACAGUCUUUGUUGACACAGUAGGGCUGGGCAGUGUUUAAUCCUUCCAUUUUAUAGAUUCUUUUUUUAAUCAGGCCUUUUGGACUUCAUUCAUCAUUUUGCAAUAAUCUCUUUUCCUUUGUCAUGCAAACCAAAACAGAUUUUGAUGUGUUUGUAACCAUCAAAUGAAUGGUUCGAAACAUGUCUCAAAAGGAUAUAUAUAUUGACCCCAACAAUAAAGGUUUGUGGCUAGUGA